AUGUCGUCCCCCGAUCGUCGCGCUGGCAUGAAACGGCCCAGAACUCAGUCGCUACCACCGCCAUCUCUGCCGCAACUGGUCGCGGAGCAGAAGACUCCUAUCCCGGUCACUGAUAAAGAUACCCAGCGAUUGAUUGUCGUUCUAUCAAAUGCUAGCCUUGAGACAUACAAGGCCGUUCAAGGUGGUGUCAGCCGAGCUGGUAUCCACCGAGAGGAAAAAUACUCGCUUCUCAACAGCGAUGAGCAUAUAGGCGUCAUGCGGAAGAUGAACCGCGACAUUAGCGAUGCACGACCGGACAUCGCGCAUCAGUGUCUGCUGACCCUCCUGGACUCACCUAUCAACAAAGCCGGCAGACUCCAGAUUUACAUUCAUACAGCCAAAGGUGUGCUGAUCGAGGUAUCCCCCUCUGUCCGCAUUCCCCGGACUUUUAAGCGAUUCGCAGGCCUCAUGGUGCAACUUCUACAUCGACUCUCUAUUCGCUCCACAACUUCAAACGAGAAGCUUCUACGCGUGAUUCAGAAUCCGAUUACAGACCACUUACCACCAAAUUGCCGGAAAGUAACUCUUAGUUUUGAUGCUCCAGUAGUUCGCGUGCGUGAGUACAUGGAGGCUUUAAACCCCAAGGAGAGCAUUUGCGUUUUCGUUGGAGCUAUGGCAAAAGGCGCCGACACUUUUGCCGACUCAAUAGUUGAUGAGAAAAUUUCCAUCAGCAAUUAUUCGCUAUCAGCAAGUGUAGCAUGCAGCAAGUUCUGCCAUGCAGCUGAGGAUGCAUGGGAUAUCCUAUAA